CAUUGACUUUGAAAUUCAGCACGCUGCACGUUUGUUUUGAUUUUAUUGACAGUGGAAUGGCCAAAACCAAGCGAAAUGUGAGGGCCAAGGCCAAGAGCGUUGUGGGAGCGGCCAAGCAGAAGGCGCAGGACAUGCAGGCGAAUUGGCGCAAGGACAAACUGCUGCACAAGACUCUCACGCCCAAAAAAACGACUACUAAGAAGGAGAAAUCGGAGGCGAAGCACAAGAAACUUCUUAACCGCUUCGCCGAAACGCGAAAGGUACGCAAGGAGGAGCAGGCGCGCAAGAAUCGCGAGAAGACCGCGGUCAUUGGGGACCUUAAGCCACUCCGGGAUGCACUACCUUCCCUGCAGGACAUCUACAAAUUGGUGAAAACCAAGCAAAAGGAUGCCAGCGAACAGACAGCUCUCGCCGAACCGGAAGUCCUUUUAAGUGCCAACGAGAAGAUUCGGAAAAAGCGCACGGACAUGGUUAACCGCGUCAAAUCCUUCGAGAAGCUCAUCAAGGACAAGAACUUCAAGAAGAACCCCCGCGAAGUCAUCGCCUCCCAUGUGCGCAACAAGUACCAGGCGAUGGAAGAGGACAACGACGAAUAGAGCUAUAAUUAAUAUGCUGCCUUUUGUUAAAAAUUUAUAUUUUAAGAAAUACUUUUCAAUAUAGUAUAGAAGAUUAUGACUAUUUCAAGAUGCCAGAAAAUAUAAACUUUUUAUCUUUUAAGAUAUAUCUUUAAAAUAUAAAUAUAUCAAGAA